UUUGUGCGCUCUCGGGUUAUGAAGUUGUGGACAGGAGGAUUUCGGAGACAACAAGACACGCAGAGGAGGAGGAAAGUAGAUGCUCACUUGUGUCGUUUCACUCUUUGUUCUGGGGGAAUACACUUAAAUCAGGAGGCUGCGGCGGAGAAACGCGCUAAAACGAGUUUGUGGCAUUUAUCUGAGAGACCAAGCAUACCCAACAGUAUGCGGUGCAGUUAUGGCAGGCAAGGGUAAGACAGUCGUGAGGACGCUGGAGGAUUUAACGCUUGAUUCUGGUUAUGGUGGAGCCGCGGACUCGGUCAGGUCGUCCAGCGUGUCGCUGUGCUGCUCCGACACGCAUCAGUCCAUCUCGCAUGGGGGAAACUGCUGGCAUCUGACGGAAUCCAUGCACAGCAGACACAACAGUUUGGACACAGUCAACACCGUCCUGGCGGAGGACACGGAGAUACUGGAGUGCUCGGGUCACUGCGCCAAGCUGCCCGAGCUGGAGGAGGUGCCAUGGACCCUGGGCGAGGUGGAGGGCGCACUGAGGAAAGAUGAGGAGCUGAUGGUGGGCAAUCCGCCACCGGAGGUCCUGGCGCGACUGUCGACUCUCAUUAGCCGUGCGCUGGUGAGGGUGGCCCGUGAGGCGCAGCGACUCAGCUUGCGCUACGCAAAGUGCACCAAGCAUGAGAUCCAAAGCGCAAUCAAGGUGGUGCUUUCAUGGACCAUCUCCGUCAACUGCAUUACGGCGGCUCUGAGCGCCUUGUCCCUCUACAACAUGAGCACCGGGGACAAGUUCAGUCGAGGAAAGUCGGCGCGCUGCGGGCUGGUCUUCUCCGUGGGGAAGUUCUUCAGGUGGAUGGUGGAUAGUCGGGUGGCCCUCAGGAUCCACGAGCACGCUGCCAUAUACCUCACCGCCUGCAUGGAGAGUCUGUUCAGAGAGGUAUUCACCCGCGUUCUGCGCAGCGCGCUCGUGGAGAGGGACAACGGGAUCCCCAAGUUUACGCUGGAGUCAAUGGAGCAAGCCAUCUGCAACGACUCGGAGAUCUGGGGUCUGCUGCAGCCAUACCAGCACCUCAUAUGUGGGAAGAAUUCAAGUGGUGUGCUGAGCCUCCCGGAGAGUCUAAACCUGCACAGGGACCAGCAGCGCUCGGGGAGGGGCAGCGAGGGUCACGGAUACACCCAGGCUGAGCUCCGGACCCUAGAACAGUCGCUGCUCGCGACCCGAGUGGGCAGCAUUGCAGAACUGAGUGAUUUGGUUUCUCGGGCCAUGCACCACCUCCAGCCGCUGCACAUCAAGAACGCCAGCAAUGGGACUCCGGUCCACCAGAAGGCUAACACCACAGUGCACUGGGAGCCCGAGGCCCUCUAUACCCUGUGUUACUUCAUGCACUGCCCGCAGAUGGAGUGGGAGAACCCCAAUGUAGAGCCAUCCAAAGUCACCUUACAAACUGAGAGGCCAUUCCUGGUGCUGCCCCCACUGAUGGAGUGGAUCCGGGUGGCAGUCGCCCACACUGAGCAUCGACGGAGCUUCUCUGUGGACAGUGACGACGUGAGGCAGGCUGCCAGGCUGCUGCUGCCCGGCGUGGACUGUGAACCUCGACAAAUAAAAGCUGAGGAUUGCUUCUGUGCCACCAGAAAGCUGGACGCAGCCUCCACAGAGGCCAAGUUCCUGCAAGAUCUGGGUUUCAGGAUGCUCAACUGCGGACGGACGGACCUGGUCAAGCAGGCUGUGAACCUGCUGGGGCCCGAUGGCAUUAACAGCAUGAGCGAGCAGGGAAUGACCCCCCUCAUGUAUGCCUGCGUCCGUGGGGAUGAGGCCAUGGUCCAGAUGCUUCUUGACGCCGGAGCGGACAUCAACAGUGAGGUGCCAAGCACAGUAAACAAGCACCCCUCAGUUUAUCCUGAAACGCGCCAGGGGACGCCACUCACUUUCGCCGUGUUACACGGACACGUCCCUGUCGUGCAGUUGUUGCUGGAUAAUAGAGCGAAUGUGGAGGGCGCCCUGCAGGAUGGGGCGGAGAACUACACAGAGACCCCACUUCAGUUGGCCUCCGCUGCAGGUAACUUUGAGCUGGUGAGUUUGCUUUUGGAAAGAGGGGCCGACCCCAUGAUUGGAACCAUGUGUCGAAACGGCAUCUCCUCCACCCCGCUGGGAGACAUGAACUCAUUCAGCCUGGCAGCAGCACAUGGCCACAGGAAUGUUUUUCGGAAGCUCCUGUCCCAUUCAGAGAAAGAAAAGGGGGAUGUGCUGUCCCUGGAGGAGAUCCUCGCUGAGGGUUCUGAUCCAGGGGAGAAGAGGUUGGCGCCCCAGGCCAACGGCGGAGGGACCCUGCGAACAGGAAAGGCCAGACUGAGGGCCCUGAGAGAGGCCAUGUACCAUAGCGCAGAGCACGGCCAUGUGGACAUCACCAUAGACAUCCGCAGCUUAGGCGUUCCCUGGACGCUGCACACCUGGCUCGAGUCCCUGCGUACCUGCUUCAUUCAGCACCGCCGACCGCUGAUCCAGGGCCUGCUCAAAGACUUCUGCUGCAUCCAGGAGGACGAAUACACCGAGGAGCUGAUCACGCACGGGCUGCCACUCAUGUUCCAGAUCCUCCGAUCCAGCAAGAAUGAAGUCAUAAGUCAGCAGCUGUCAGUCAUUUUCACGCAGUGCUACGGGCCCUUCCCCAUCCCUAAGCUGACAGAGAUCAAGAAGAAGCAGACAUCACGUUUAGACCCACACUUCCUGAACAACAAGGAGAUGUCUGAUGUUACCUUCCUGGUGGAGGGGAAACCAUUUUAUGCACAUAAAGUUUUGCUGUUUACAGCUUCACCCAGGUUCAAGUCGCUGCUCCAAAACCGACCCGCAGCAGAAAACACCUGUAUUGAGAUCAGCCAUGUCAAGUACAAUAUUUUCCAUCUGGUGAUGCAGUACUUGUACUGUGGAGGCACCGAGUCCCUGCAUAUACGCAACACUGAAGUGAUGGAGCUCCUGUCUGCAGCCAAAUUCUUCCAACUAGAGGCCCUUCAGAGACACUGUGAGAUCAUCUGCUCCAAGAACAUCACCACUGAAACCUGUGUGGACCUCUACAAACACGCCAAGUUCCUUGGUGCCACGGAGCUGACGGCUUUCAUCGAGGGCUACUUCCUGAAGAACAUGGUGCUGCUGAUCGAACUUGACACCUUCAAGCAGCUCCUGUAUGAACCUCCCCCCGCAGAGAGCCCCGUGUCCAGCCCCGGCAUCUGCUCCGACAUCCUCCACGACCUGGAGAAGACUCUGGCCACGCGCAUCCACUCCAUCCACCUCUCCACCUCCAAGGGCUCCGUGGUGUGAUGCCGUUCUCUCCGGAGCCCUCCAAUCCAACCACAGCAUCCAUGUAACGCCACUUUUAGCAUCCAGCGUCCUGAUAUAACCCCACCCCCCAGCCCCCGCUAAUGAAGAGGAGCUGUCGGAUGCUUUUUUUAAAGUCAGGAAUUCCCUUUAAUUCUGCCUGUUGCAGCUCAAUGAGGGUUCAUGUUGUGACUUUCUGACCUUAAACUCUGUUGUCCUAGUGGCUCCCAUCGAUCAUGUCUCACCCUAAAGAGUAAUAAAACUUAAAAAAAAACAAAAAAACAGAACUGCCUUGACCCAACAGUAUCACUUAGCUCUAACCGUGAUUCUAAAACUUUCUAUCGUAUUUCAUAUAGGAUACAUGCAUGAAAUACAUAGGCUACUGUCCACUUUUUUCACUCGAAAAAGUAGAGUAGAAUUUUAACUCAAUAAAUGCAGCUUCAUCAUCAUCUGCGAAAUGAGACUGUGGUUUACAAACAAUAAUACUUUAUGGAAGUGGAUGCCAUUACACAUGCCAAAAUCUAGAUAUAAUCCUUCUAUACAACCAAUACAAGUGAUUAGUAGCAAAGCCAGCAGGCGGACUUUUAGGUGGUACUUAUUUACAUUUCAUUCUGUCACUUCUAUGUUGGAUUCACUGUGUUAUAUCUACUGUGUGCAGAGGCCAAACUGAUCACAGGAACUUCCACCGGGGCCGACGCUGCAGCGCUCAUUUGACUAAAGACGGCCCACUCAGUGAAAUCUAUGCUGACUUAUGCUUGAAACAUGGAUGCCCAACUGGGAAAUUAACUUGUGAUAACGCCCACGGACGACUCUUUUUUUUAAAUUAUUAUUUUUUGCAUGACACCUCGUCAACUGAGCUACCCUGAUAUUGCUUUUUAUGCAGAGCUUACUUCACGGACCACUUUCGCAGGGGGGAGUAAGGGAAAACGCUGCUUACUGACUUUCUAUCCACCGCCAAACGAACUGAGCAGGAUUCGGAGAGGGGUUUUCCAUUGGCAGGGACUUUCUCUUUAAAGAUGCUUAAAGCAAACGUGUAAAUAUGAUCUGAAAGUCAUCGUGCUGGUGCUUUUGUAAGCUGAUGUACAGUAUUCCCUCACACGCGCUUGGCUGAUGACACCAGUCUCAUUGAAUGUGCUCCCUGCUGUGCGUCUUGUUUAUGCAAAGUUGCAUGUUUAAUCUGUUUGUAUGACUCCUCUGUUUUUGCUUUAGGUGUGCUUUCUGUGUAGACUGAGUAGGCUGAGUGAGGUGCAGAUUGUUCCAGUUGAAGUCCAGUCGAAGGGUUUUUCCCUCAGUUUAUUUUCAGAUAAUAUUCUAAGCCAUUGGGGUGGAUCAUGAGAUGCAUGUUAAAGUCACUCUUUGUUUUAGGCUUCACCCCCACAUGAAUUCUUUGAAGGAGAGGCUGAAUUCUGCACAGAGCACUGAGUUUAUUAGAGACACAAUUACCCCAUUUAUACCAGCCAUCUGUAUCUGGAUACGUUCUCUGAAUGCAUUAUGUGAUUUAUGGGUCUUUACGUUUGCAUCUGAUAUAAAAAUGCAUUCUCAUUAUCUCCAUUGUGCAUGUAAUCAGUAUGGAAAUUAGUCAGACUUGUCAACAAACAUGGCACGUCCCGGGUCAGGGUUCUGUUUAUUUUCCUGAGCUAUUGUUACUGCUGCUCCCUGAAGCUUUUGUGUAAAGAACUCCAAAUGUGUGGCUUGGGUUCUGUGUGUGUUUGCACUCCGCUUUUACAUGCAGUUUCUCAUAUGUUACUUGCAAGUGUGAAUGGGGUAAAUGCAGACCAGCCACUUUAAUAGGUACACCUGUUCAACCGCUCCUUAACGCAAGUAUGUAGUCGUCCAAUCACAUGGCAGCAAUUCAAUGCAUUUAGGUAUGUAGACUUGGUCGAGGCGACCUGCUGAAGUUCAAACUGAGAAUGAAGAAGAAAGGUGAUGUAAAUGACUUUGAACUCAGCACGGUUGUUGGUACCAGACGGGCUGGUCUGAGUAGUUCAGAAACUGCUGAUCAGUUGGGAUUUUCCCACAGAACUGUUUCUGGGGUUUACAGGGAAUGGCUGAAAUUUUUCCCUGGGUGAAAAUGCCUAGUUGAUGUCCGAGGGUAACGGCCAGACAGUAACUCAGAAGACCACGCCAGGUACCACUCGUCAGCUAAGAACAGGAAAUUGUUCUUAGCUCUUCCAUUGUCUAAUUUUGGUCAAUCUGUCCAAAAUUAGACAAUGGAAGAUUAAAAAAAAAACAUUGCCUGGUGUGAUGAGUCAAUUUCUGCUGUCACAUUCAGAUGGUAGGGUCUGAAUUUGGUGUAAACAUUAAAACAUUGAUUCAUCCUGUCUCGUAUCAACAGUUCAUGCUGGCGGUAGUGAUGUAAUCGUGUUAACUCAGCAUCAGCCUACCUGAGCAUUGUCGCUGACCACGUUCAUGACCGCAGUCCACCCACCUUCUGAUGUCUGCUUCCAGCAGGAUAACACACCAUGUUACAAAGAUCAAACAUGACAGUGAAUUCGCUGUGCUCAAAUGGCCUCCACAGUCACUAGAUAUCAAUCUAAUAGAGCACCUUUGGGAUGUGGUGGAACUGGAGUUUUACAUCGUGGAUGUGCAGCUGAUAAAUGUGCAGCAACUGUGUGAUGUUACGUCAAUAUGAAGCAAAAGCUCAGAGGAACAUUUCCAGUAAGUUGUUGAGUAAGUUGUUGAAUUUUCUUAAUUUGCUCCCAAAUAAGUCCAUGUUGCAUCUAAUCUCAGUGCUCAAAGUGUGCAAUAAUUCAGCCUUUUGCUCCCUGUGAUUACCUGCACACCUGCCUCCUAGGUGUGCAGGUAAUCACACAUAUCAGUUCUAAAAGGAACAAAUGUUAAAGCAGUUUUUCAGCAGCAACAGUGCUGGGCUGUCAGCUCUGAUGCUCAAAAAAAAAAGCUCACAAACCUCAUGCAGUGACAUAACCAU